AUGUUUGUCUUUUCCCAGCCAGCAGUAGUGGAAGCAUCACUCAAAGAUGCUGAGAAUAAAACUAUUCCUAUCCGACUAAUGCUUUACCCAGAUGCACUCUUAAUUCAGAAACAAGAGUGGAUCAGCGUACAGCUUGAUGAGGAAGAUGAAGUUUUUUUAAACAUGGUAAUGAGUUUUUAAGUAAUCUUCUUACUUAUUCUAUUUGAUAAACAUAUUUUGAUUUAGAAUAAUGCUGUUAAAUAAUUUUAAUAUCAAUUAAUAGUUGUCUGUAAAAUUAUUGUUCUAAAUGCCUUAAACAUAAACAUUUACUCACUCUUCUAAUAAGGUUCGAGAGGUCGAGAUCGUUAGAGAGCCUGGUGCUGGCUUUGGGCUCUGUGUAAAAGGGGGUGCAGAGCACAGACUACCUGUACUUAUUUCAAGACUAGUGAAAAAUGAGGCUGCAGAACGAUGUGGCCAAUUACUUGUAGGCGAUGCUAUUCUAAGGGUAAGUUAGUGACUAAAAGGGUGUGAUGGAUGGAACAGGACUGUAGUUAAAAACUAAAAUUAUAUUUAAUAAGAAUUUAGGAAGACAGUUUAAAAAAUACAAUGUAAAAGAUAACCCAUUUCCCCCCCCCAGGUAAAUGGGGUCAAUGUUGAAAGCUGCACUCACGAUGAGGUUGUGUCAUUACUGAAGGAGGUCAAAGAAGACACAGUUUCUCUGUCAGUCAGACAUUUCAGGCCAGCCUCAUAUUUCCUGAAUAAAGGCAAGUGGAGCCUGCUGCUUAUAUGCGUCAAGCUUUCCAUCAUUAUUAUUCAUCUGUUAGCCAUUACUAUAUUAUGAACUUACUUCUUUUUAAAAUCUUUUAUAAUCACUUCACUUUAGUUGGUUUGUUUCUGGUUGGGUGACAAAAUCUUCGGACGGCUUAUUAACUCACUUCCUGUUAACCUAUUGAGCUGAAAAUUGGCACAAAGACACUUUGCCGAGGACAAUACAUUCUACCAAAUUCUAAGCCCCUAUCACCAAAAAUCAGUUUUUCCUUUUUUUUCAAGGAGGAAGAUGAAGGAAAUAUGAUGCCACUGUUUUCACGAACUAAAAUUCCUGAUAACUGCGCUAAUUUCUUAAAAAAAAUAUCAAAUAUGCGUUUGUUGCAUACUAUUUUCUUUGAUUUUCUGAAAUAGUUGGUGAAAUAAAUUUGUGUUGUAAAAGCGUGUGGGACAUUAAAAUAAUUUAAAAAAAAUAAAUAAAACAUGGAUAUAAAGGAUUUAUAAGAAAACCUUAGUUUUUAGGGGUUCUUUAUUUGUCUGAUGUGGAUGGAAAACUUAUCUAUAAAUUAUUUUGAUAUAAAUGAGGGACUAAAAGGGUUAUAUGUUGCAAGGCUCAAAAUAAUUAAAUUUUUUAUAUUUAUGAAUUAAAAGUAAUUUUUGCCAGCACUGAGUUUUUAAAAAAGGGACUUAACAGAUUGUAAAGAAAUAUUCCUUUUUUAUUUCUGUAGGUAAUGAAGCCAGGGAUGGACUUGGUAUUUUCAAACAGGUACAGUAGAAUGAAUAAAAUUUCAUUCAUGAUCUUUAGUUUUUGAAAAAACAUAACCAAAAAGUGAUUUUUAUAGGAAUUUUUAUAUCUUGAAAACGUUUGUGGGAAAAAUAUUCAUGGUUUCUAGUUAUACAUUUUUAUAGGUAAAAUUUAGUAGUAUUGAAAAUCAUUUACAUUGUUAACCAUUGCAAAUGGAAAGGUUAAAGCUGUGUGCAUUCACUAUGACACUCUGCUUAUCAUUAUCAAAAUUGAAAUAAAGAAUAUUCUCUCACCAACAUUAAAGGAAAACGUCCAACUGGCAAGUUUACCCAGGCUUGAGAAAGAGUGGUUGACAGCUGUCACUAUACCUCUUCUUUAUGCCAGGAUAUCUCGAUAUGUCACAGGGACUGAUAAUUCAAGGUUAGUCUUUAAAAAUAAAAAUGUAUUGUCAUCAUAACAAUUUUAUUCUGUUGAUUCCUUUGUACCCUAGAUGGCAAAGAAACACGAGACAGUGGUCAUAUAUCUUUUCUUAACACUUACCUACAAUUUUUACUGUGUGUAAAGUAACAUAGGACAGUGGCCAUCAAUGUUCCCUUUAAGAUGCGCGGCCGGGCAGCUAAUUCACAGAUGCAGCGCAGCAGUUUUGAGUAUGGUGCAGCAAAUUUCCAUAUAAGUCUGUGUUUGUGGGCUGUAAAAUGUUGCACACAAAAAAAUUGAUGCUGUAAAACUUUGCACACAACUUUAUGAUUUGCACACGAACCAAAAAACCUAAGAGGGAACAUUGGUGGCCAUGUAUCUUUUCUUAACACUUACCUACAAUUUUUACUGUGUUUAAAAUAACACGGGGCAGUGGUCAUGUAUCUUUUCUUAAAACUUACCUACAAUUUUUACUGUGUGUAAAGUAACACAAGACAGUGGUCAUGUAUCUUUUCUUAACACUUGACCUACAAUUUUUACUGUGUGUAAAGUAACAGGACAGUGGCCAUGUAUCUUUUCUUAACACUUACCUAUAAUUUUUACAGUGUGCAAAGUAACACAAGGCCUUAAACUGUCUUAGGUCUGCACCAUGCCAGGGGCUUGAAUUGUUUGUUAAGUAUUUUCAAGAAGAUAUUGAUGCAUACCUUUGGUAACACACUUUUGCUUUUGUUUACUUUAGGGACGAUUCCUUUGAUAUAGUUGGUGUUGAUGGUUCCAAGUCAGGCCCCAUAUACUUCUCAGACAAAUCAACUACAGUCACCUGGUUACAGCAGAUAACAGUUAAAACACAAGGUCUCCUCACACAAAUGGUGAGUUUGUUAACUAUUGAAAGGGAUACUGUUUUGUUAUGUUUAGGGAUGUUAGCUCAUGGUUUAUUCAUCUUUACAGUAAACUGCAUGUUUAUCACUGUCCCACUUGUUUCUACACUAGACUUGGAGUGUGUGAAUCUUCACUUUAAUCUUUUCAUUUGAAGGGUUUACAUUUCUUUGUCCACUAGAUUCAAAUGACUAAUCAGUUGAUGACCAAGGAGGACCAUGUAAGUAAUGUUUUAGUUAGUGUUAGGGUUGGGAAUGGUUGUGCAUUGUUUGAAAGUUUGAUAUUGUUUUAAAAAUUUGAACAAAUAUAGAGCUAGAAUUUAACAUUUUUUUUGUGUGUGUGCAAUUUUUAAGAAUUGAAGUCAGUAAACCUGAUGUCUCAAAGUUGAUAUUUUUAAAAAUUUGUUACUGCCUCAAUCAGAUUCAGUUAAUGUGCUGGACCUAUGAGUCUCAAAGUUGAUAUUUUUAAAAACUUGUAACUGCCUCAAUCAGAUUCAGUUAAUGUGCUGGACCUAUGAGAAACUGCCUGCUGAACAACAAUGGUGUGCUUGGAAAGAAAAAUUCCUGGCUCUCAAAGCUGCUGAUAUUUAUCUUUUUGAUGUACCUCCGGUGAGAACUGCUUUUAAAAGAAUGCCAUUCCGUGGUAUAAAUGUAAAGAGCAUGUGUUAUGAGGAGUUGAAUGGUGACCAUGUCAGCUGCACUUUCUUGUCUCUUGUUUGUUUUAUCUAUGGUGUUAGCAUAAUUGUACUUGGGCCUAUUGGAGCUUAAUGAAUGCAAUGCAUUCACUGUACGUUUGUAUUUUAAAAUAAAGACAAAAUAAUGGACGUUAGAUGAAAAUGACGGCACAUAUACUUUCUAUACCAUGUCAUUUCCCAAGUGCACAUGUACUUUCUAUCCAAUUUUAUUUCAGUUGAAUAUAAUUUUUGCCUGUUUUAAAAUACAGUUGUGUUGUUUGAAUAGUGCUCCAAUAGUUCCACAUAUAAAUCAACUGUCUAAUCCUUUUGUUUGAAUAGUGCUCCAAUAGUUCCACAUAUAAAUCAACUGUCUAAUCCUUUUGUUUGAAUAGUGCUCCAAUAGUUCCACAUAUAAAUCAACUGUCUAAUCCUUUUGUUUGAAUAGUGCUCCAAUAGUUCCACAUAUAAAUCAACUGUCUAAUCCUUUUGUUUGAAUAGUGCUCCAAUAGUUCCACAUAUAAAUCAACUGUCUAAUCGUGUUGUUUGAAUAGUGCUCCAAUAGUUCCACAUAUAAAUCAACUGUCUAAUCCUGUUGUUUGAAUAGUGCUCCAAUAGUUCCACAUAUAAAUCAACUGUCUAAUCAUGUUGGCAUUGGGAGAUACAGACAUUUGGCUAAAAGUUUAAAUAUUUAUAUAUAACAUGAAUAUGUUGCCUGAAUGUUGUAUAUUUUAUACAAAAUUUUCAGAUGCAUUCAAGUGACUGGUCUAAAUGUGGCAUGAAGUACAAAGUUUAUGAGUGUAUGCUUAAACUUCUCAAGGUAGGAUUCUUUGUAAGGAUGUUUGUCUAAGUUUUAAGGACACAAAUUAUCCUAGAAUAAGCCCAUUGACCUCCCAAGCAUUUGUAAGACAAAUGAUCAUUUAAUUUUUAAACAAAUACUUUUCCCCUAUAAUGAAGUAAUGGUAGUAAAUAAAUCAUUCAAGAAAGAUUGGAUGAUGUCAAAGGAAAAGAAUUCUUCACUUUUUUUUGCUUUGACAAUGUGAAAAUCACAAUCCCCCAUCAUAAUCUAAUAAUUAAAUAAUUCUUUGUUAAAAUUGUGAUUUUUAAAUUCCUGAUUCAUAGGUUUUGGUUAACAUAUACACAUUUUUGAAACAAAAGAAAAUAUUUUUAAUGAAAGGCAGGUUGAAAAAAUUACAAUGGCAACAUUCUGUGCAUAAUUUUGUUUUAUCUGUUACAGGACAAUGAACUCCUAGACAGUCGUCAGCACUGCUGCUCAAUUCUAACUGGUUCUAAAGAAGUUAUCUGCCUAAGCUUGGACAGCAGAGCAGAGUUACUUGUCCUUGAAAAGUCUUGGUACAGAACAAGUAAUUUAGCCGUUCAAAGGCUACAGGUAAUUUUUGGUUAAUGUUACUGCUCUGUUUGUUGGUCAAGGUGAUGAUGUAUGGGUACUUUCUUUCACAAGAACGCUAGUGCAUAAUUGAAGCCAACUCAUUGCGAUUGAACAACAUAUCUAUUUAAUUAUCUAUAAUCAUGCUAAAGCUAUAGUGCUGCUCAGCAUAAGGGCGCUACUAACUCAUUAAACCUAUGCAAAUACUGCCUUCUUACUUGGCUGGUUGCAGUGGCUCUACCCGGCUGGUUGCAGUGGCUCUACUGGCUAAAGACAAUUCAUACACACCUUACUAACAUGUAGCUUGACAACAAAUGUUCUAAUAGGCUCACCUAUCACCACAACAUACUAAUGUGUGGCUAGUUGCAGUGGCUCUACUGACUAAAGACAAUUCAUACACACCUUACCAACAUGUAGCUUGACAACAAAGGUUCUAAUAGGCCUCACCUCUCACCACAACAUACUAAUGUGUGGCUGGUUGCAGUGGCUCUACUGGCUAAAGACAAUUCAUACACCCCUUACCAACAUGUAGCUUGACGACAAAGGUUCUAAUAGGCCUCACCUCUCACCACAACAUACUAAUGUUUGGCUGGUUGCAGUGGCUCUACUGACUAAAGACAAUUCAUACACACCUUACCAACAUGUAGCUUGAUGACAAAGGUUCUAAUAGGCCUCAACUCUCACCACAACAUACAAAUGUGUGGCUGGUUGCAGUGGCUCUACUGGCUAAAGACAAUUCAUACACACCUUACCAACAUGUAGCUUGACGACAAAGGUUCUAAUAGGCCUCAACUCUCACCACAACAUACUAAUGUGAGUAACGAUGAAUUAUAGCCUCAACAAACAAAUUUGUACAAAAUAUCAUAGAAGUCUGCAUUCCUAUUUAUUUGCACUUUUGAUAAGGAUGCAGAGAAAAAGACUUUGAUGCUCUUUAAUAUGGUUUUUAAAAAAAUCAUAAUAAUAAUCUCUUCAUCAAUCAUUUAAAGAAAUAUUUAAAUAUUAUUAUAUUUUUCAUUUCUUUCUUUAGAGCAAAACAUUUGGCUGCAGUUGGCAAGAGCAUCUGUCAGGAUUGAUAUUGGACUUGGAUCAGGGCUUUUCUCUCUACGACCAUCAGACAAAGGUAAUUGGGGACAUAUGGGACACAACAUACAACUAGAGACACACUGCGGGACACAUGGACACAACAUACAACUAGAGACACACUGUGUGACAUCUGGGACAAAACAUAAAACUGGAGACAUUCUGUGUGACACAUUCUGUUUGACACAUGGGGCACAGCCUACACGUAGAGCCAUUCUGCUUGACACAUGGGACACAACAUACAACUAGAGACAUUCUGUGUGACACAUUCUGCUUGACACAUAGGACACAACAUACAACUAGAGACAUUCUGUGUGACAAAUUCUGCUUGACAUAUGGGACACAACAUACAACUAGAGACAUUCUGUGUGAAACCUGGGGCACAAAAUUAUGAACCAGCAUUUAGAUAGGUAAAGUUAACAGGGAAUAUGUGUCCGAGACAGAUAGAUGUAGUUUGCAGGGAACAAGAGGCUGACUCUGACCUCUCAUUGAAUCUCUGACCUCUCAUUGAAUCUCUGACCUCUAAUUGAAUCUCUGACCUCUCAUUGAAUCUCUGACCCCUCAAUUGAAUCUCUGACCUCUCAUUGAAUCUCUGAUCUCUCUUUGAAUAAUCUCUGACCUCUCAUUGAAUCUCAGACCUCUCAUUUAACCUCUGACCUCUCAUUGAACCUCUGACCUCUCAUGAAUCUAUGACCUCUCAUUGAAUCUCUGACCUCUCAUUGAACCUCUGACCUCUCAUUGAACCUCUGACCUCUCAUUGAAUCUAUGACCUCUCAUUGAAUCUCUAACCUCUCAUUGAAUCACUAUACUCUCAUUGAAUCUCUGACCUCUCAUUGCAUCUCUGACCUCUCAUUGCAUCUCUGACCUCUCAUUGCACCUCUGACCUCUCAUUCAACCUCUGACCUCUCAAUGAAUCUAUGACCUCUCUUUGAAUAGCUAACCUCUCAUUGAAUCACUAUCCUCUCAUUGAAUCACUAUCCUCUCAUUGAAUCUCUGACCUCUCAUUGAAUCUAUGACCUCUCAUUGAAUCUAUGACCUCUCAUUGAAUCUAUGACCUCUCAUUGAAUCUCUGACCUCUCAUUGAAUCUCUGACCUCUCUUCAAUCGCUGUCCUCUCAUUGAAACUCUGACCUCUCAUUGAAUCUCUGACCUCUCAUUGAAUCUCUGACCGCUCUUUGAAUCUCUUACCUCUCUUUGAAUCUCUUACCUCUCAUUGAAUCUCUGACCUCUCUUAGAAUCUCUGACUGUCUUUGAAUCUCUGACCUCUCUUAGAAUCUCUGACCUGUCUUUGAAUCUCUGACCUCUCUUUGAAUCGCUAACCUCUCAUUGAAUCUCUGACCUCUCAUUGAAUCUCUGACCUCUCUUUGAAUCGCUAACCUCUCAUUGAAUCUCUGACCUCUCAUUGAAUCUCUGACCUCUCUUUGAAUCGCUAACCUCUCAUUGGAUCUCUGACCUCUCAUUGAAUCUCUGACCUCUCUUUGAAUAUCUGACCUCUCUUAGAAUCUCUUACCUCUCUUUGAAUCGCUAACCUCUCAUUGAAUCUCUGACCUCUCAUUGAAUCUCUGUCCUCUCUUUGAAUAUCUGACCUCUCUUAGAAUCUCUUACCUCUCUUUGAAUCGCUAACCUCUCUCUAACAUCCUUGUUUCCAACUUAAGAGCAUCUUAUGGAGCUACAGAUUCGCACAGCUUAAAAGCUCAUCGGACGAUGGCCUGUCCAAAUUGACCCUAAACUUUAUCAACGAUACGACCAAACAGUUGGAAACUCAGGCAAGUCUGGAACUUGUGCAUGAAAUGUGUAGGGCAUGUCCUGUUGUUUGGGCAUGAAUUGUUUAGGGCGUGUCCUGUCAGCGUGUGCCUUAAUUGUAUAGGAUAUGUCCUAUGUCUUUUUUUAAAAAGUAUUUGAUAUUUGUGGUAAAAGGUCCGUCUUUGUGUUGUAGUUGCCUUGUCAUUACAUGCCACUGAAUUAAAAGCUGAAUCUCAUUAAGCUCAAAAACAAAAAUUUGAAUUAGUCAUUCCUUAAGACUAUGUCAGAAAUAAAUGGUCUCACUUAUGUUGUAUGAUUUCAUUCCACAGGUGAUUGAAUGUUCAGAUCUUCAGACCCUCAUCUACUGCAUCCAUUCAUUUCUCUCAGCCAAGUUAUCCACAGUUGAUCCGACCUUCUUGGGGAACCACUGA